AGCUAAAGGGGUUAUGUGAAGGAAAUUGUAGAGCAACAAAAGCAAUAAAGCAUAAACACUUAACAGAAAGCCAAGGAAUUGAAGAGAAUGGGGAGAGUGUCAAUCAACCUUGUUUCUAUUGCUGUUUUAGCAAUAAUGUUCCUACUCUGUGCUGCAACAGAUGCAGCUCCUGUGCUUGGAAGGGUGGCAACAACUUCUUCUGAAGAAAAGCAAUUGCCAGUGCAAGUGGAAUAUAAACUCAUGUUAGAAGAAAGGGCGGCAAUAAGGAAGGCCCAACAAGAUAUAUAUCAAAACCAGAAAAUAAAGAUGAUGAAUUCACUACCAAAUAACAUUCUUGACGUCUUUGAAUCGUCUAAGGAGGAAGCUUUGCAGUGCGUGGGGCAAGGCAGUUACUGUAACUUUGUGUUUGGACCGCAAUGUUGUUCUACUGAUUUUGCAUGUUUACCACCGGGUAUUUUUGGUGGUGUUUGUGUGGCUUAAACCAAUUCAAGAACAAGUACCUAGCUAGCUAGCUAGCUUAGUGGCUAGCCGGGUAGCUAGAGGUCGGUCAGGUCGGGUCAAUUCCAACGUCGUCUAAUUUUCAAUAUUAUGUUUGUCUAUCAUAUCGAUCGAUCCAUGUUUACUAGCUUUACAAGUUAGCAGAACUAAACUCGACAAUAUUCAUUAUGAAUAAGGUCGAUAGUUAAGGAUCGAUGUAAUAAAAAUUAAGUAUGUCAGUAUGUGUCAUGUGUAGUACUUGCGUUCGUGUGUACUAGUUUGGUUGAUGAAUGAAUAAUGAUGUAUUCCUAUAUAUAUGUAUGAAUUAUAUGAUCGAUGACUAUGAGACUCAAAGUCAUCCGAUCCUUUGUGUA